ACUUUAAAAUAAAAAUAACGAUAAAAUAAAAAGUUGCCGAGUCAUUCCCUCUCCUGCUUUUUCUUCUGUAUGGCAAAGCCGCCCAGCAGCGCCCGUUAGAAAGCGGAGGUCGAGUCUGCGCGAUUCCGUCCGUCACCGGCCGCCUGCGCCCAACCGAACACCCCGACGGGGCGGCAGUCCAGGGCCGUUUGCUCCUGUUGUUGUUCUUCUUGUUCGAGUUGCUCCUGCUUUUCUUUUGACUUUUUUUUUCUGAUGCAGGCAUAUCGUUUUACAAAGAGCGGGGGAUUUGGCUUUUGUACUUAUGCAGAAAAGCCAUUAUCCCUCUAAAUAGUAUUCAGUUUUGCCUUGAAUCUAAAUAGACUUGACCUCCAGGUAUGUCAACCGGGAAAGAAACUCCCAGGCUUUUUUUUUUUAAACUUGUUUUUUCAUUGGUUCUUUUUUUUUUUUUAACUUGCUCCUGUAUAGAAAGGAAACAAUACAAGACAGUCGAAAGACCCCAAAAUAUAAAAGGAAAUGGCCAUACUUACUCCUUUUUCUAACCAGCGCCAAGGUUUAAAACUCUUAACCCCUCAACAUUAUGAUGAGUUGUUUUCCAGUGUGCCAGGCGCUAUGUUGGGGCCAAUUUAGAUGUACUAUAAAUUAAAGGGUUGCUAUAGAGACUUGGUUUUCAUUGGCCGACCAGGCCAGGACGUAGCCGGGGACGUCACUAAAUCUGAAUAAGGAUGCGCGAAUUACCAAAGGCAGCGUACACAAAGAUGAGAAAGGGAACGGCAUGAGGUGAGGCGAAAAAGUACCUUUCAAUCCGCCCGAGCAGCCAGCACACGGGAACGCUGAGGAGAUCCAUCUUCAUUGAGCGCAUCAUUCAGGGGAAGACGUUAUCUCCGCUGCCUUUUCUGAGAUAACCUCUGAGGACAAGGAUGCGGGACUAAGAAGAACGGAAUAACCUGCACAUUUUCUGCGUCAGACCUUUUAGGAUUGCGCCUCCUUAGAGAGAGAAGAGAGAAAAAGGAGGGACAGCACGGCCGAAACCGGGAGGUGGCACUCGGGCGUGUUCGGCCGUUCAGGUGCAACCGACACGUUUCUUCCAGGCAGUUUCCUGCUGUCAGAGGAGUGCUGGUGGCGGAAGGAGCAGGCAGCCCCUCCGAUUAUUUGUUUUUAUUUUUGUGUCUUUUUGUUUUUCGCGUGUCUGCUUCCAGGACAGCAGGAUAAUGGUGCACUGUGCGGGCUGCGAGAGGCCCAUCCUGGAUCGCUUUUUAUUGAACGUGUUGGACCGAGCCUGGCACGUGAAAUGCGUCCAGUGCUGUGAAUGCAAGUGCAAUCUGACCGAGAAAUGUUUCUCCAGAGACGGCAAGCUAUACUGUAAAAAUGACUUCUUCAGGCGAUUUGGUACGAAAUGCGCCGGCUGCUCCCAGGGUAUCUCGCCGAGUGACCUGGUGCGGAAGGCGCGCAGCAAAGUCUUUCACCUCAACUGCUUCACCUGCAUGGUGUGCAACAAGCAGCUGUCCACCGGCGAGGAGCUCUACAUCAUCGACGAGAACAAGUUCGUGUGUAAAGAAGAUUACUUGAACGCCACCACCAUUAAAGAAGUCAAUUUAAAUUCAGUGUCUUCAUGUACAGACCGAAGUUUAUCUCCAGACCUCCAAGACCCGGCACAGGACGAUAACAAGGAGACGGACAACUCCACGUCUUCGGACAAAGAGACGAACAACAUCGAGAACGAGGAGCAGAACUCGGGCACCAAACGGAGGGGCCCGCGAACGACGAUUAAAGCCAAACAGCUGGAAACGCUGAAAGCGGCGUUUGCGGCAACUCCCAAACCAACCAGGCACAUCAGGGAACAGCUGGCACAAGAAACGGGCCUCAAUAUGAGAGUCAUCCAGGUGUGGUUCCAGAAUCGGCGCUCCAAAGAGAGGAGGAUGAAGCAGCUGAGCGCGCUGGGCGCGCGGCGGCACGCGUUCUUCCGGAGCCCCCGGCGCAUGAGACCCCUGGGCGCGCGGCUGGACGAAACGGAAAUUAUGGCGUCCGGACCUUACAACUAUUAUGGAGACUACCAAGGAGAGUACUACGGACCAAGUGGAAAUUAUGAUUUUUUCCCGCAUGGGCCCCCGUCCUCGCAGGCACAGUCUCCGGCGGACCCCAGUUACCUCAACAGCUCGGGGCCUGGACAGCUUGAGGGAUCCAUCUCAGGUCACCACCCUUCCGAAAACCAAAGGUACACGGACAUGAUCUCCCACCCGGACACUCCUAGUCCGGAACCAGGCCUCACGGGUCCCCUGCACCCCAUCCCAGGGGAAGUGUUUAGCGGUGGUCCUAGCCCGCCUUUCUCUCUGGCCAGCAACUCGGGCUACAGCGCCCCCCUGUCCCACCCUGGACAGGAAAUGGGAGAGACGGCGGUUUGGUAAAACUCCACAAAAUAUUAGAAGAUGAUCUUGCAGCCUGGUCGCUAUUUAUCAUUUGUCCAGCCACUGGACCCUGGUGCUCCUGACCGGUGGGGACUUUCUGAACUUGGACCCUUUGGAUGACUGAACGCCACCAUCGGCAGAGAGGACACCAGAACAAAACCAACACAACAAUGCAGGACUCCCGUUUGGGCCCUACCGCCGAUCCAGAACUGUACUCCAGGAAGAUCCUGACAUCUCCCCCUAGGAGGGGCUCCGAUUUUGGAGAUCUCACAGGCAAUAGAGGGUACUUCAAAUGGCACCAGAGGUAUUAAAUACAAUUUAAAAAACAAAAACAAAACAAAAGCAGUUGGUAUUCAGCACCCCCCCCCUGUUGUCGACUGCCAGCUUCACCCCAUUCUCUACGGUAGGCAUUGUGCCCCAGUGAAGGACAGGGGAAGGUGCUUUACACAGGGUGGUGGUGGUGCCGUCUUCCAGGCUCCCGUGUGGCGCUCAUUAUAUUCCUCCAGGCUGGCAAAGCUUCACACCAUAGGUCUCGACACAAUGACAUGCCAGUCUCCUCACACAGCUUGGAUCGGGAUGACUUUCAGCAGUCCGAAGGGCCAACCCUUCACUUCAUGGUCACCUCGGAGAGUCACAAGCUGUGUGGGUGCCAAGUGGGAAAGAGAGACCGUCAGAGUUGGGGCAUCGACCUUUAGUUGACAGAGUGCCAACCUGGGGUAGCACUGUGAAGAAACCGUCGAGUCAAGGCCGCCGCCGCCGCCUAUUGCACACUGUGGCAGGAGGCUCUGAAGUUCUGAAUGUAAGUUUGUUUUCACAGCUAGCGUCGACCUCCUUUGUUCAUUUUUUAGGUUUCUCUUUUUCUUUCUUUGUUUUAUUUUUCUUAAAAACAGAGGGGCCACAACACUCACUUCCGAUAAAAUUGCCUGCAACAUUCCAGGUUUGCCUGUUUCAUGGAUGGCAGGCUUUAGGAUCAUUAUUACAAUCCCCACCUCACCCCCCCCCCUCCAUCUUUCUCUCCUUCCUUGCAUAAAAUCAAUCAAAAAAUAAACAAACAAAAAAAAAAAAACAACAAAACUGUGUGUGUUUCUUAAAGUGCCACAGUGCCACCUACUGGACAGCUGCAGCAUUACAGCAACACCUUAGCUAACAGUAUAAGACGGCGUCAAAUCUGACCCUUGUGCACGUGAACUCGAUUUCUCGCAAGAUUUUUUGUUCUCGUUAAUUUAGGACAGCGGACCUCAAACUGUGGGGCGCACCCCCCGGAGUAACAAAAAAG